CUCACUGCCAGCCCGAUGACUGCCUGGAUCGUCCUGCCUGUCAGCUUGGCUGCCUUCUCCAUCACAGGAAUAUGGAUCGUGUACGCCAUGGCCGUGAUGAAUCACCAUGUUUGUCCUGUAGAAAACUGGUCUUAUAAUGUAACAUGUACAGAAGAGCUGCCUCGACCAGGCUUCCCAAAGACCUGCUGCACCGUCCAGGACAUCCCCCUCAUCAGUAAAUGUGGCUCCUUCCCUCCUGAAAGCUGCUUGUUCAGCCUGAUCGGUAACGUCGGCGCCUUCAUGGUAGUGAUGGUGUGCUUUCUGCGCUACGCCCAGGUGAUCGAGCACAGCCAUCAGUGUUGGGUCAACACCAGCGCUCUGGUGAGCGGCUGUGCCAACGCCGUCGGUCUGGUCAUGGUGGGCAACUUCCAGGUUGAUCACGCCAAAUCUCUUCAUUACGUGGGGGCUGGUGUUGCAUUUCCAGCAGGGCUGCUGUUUGUGUGCCUGCAGUGUGUGCUAACGUACCGAGUGGCUAUGACCGCCCUCGACUACUGGAUGGCUCACUUCAGGGUGGCUCUGGCUCUGGGAGCCAUGAUCUCCCUCGUCCUCAGUGGCAUCUUCUUCAUCCACGAGAGUUUCGUUCUUCAGCACGCAGCGGCCAUUUGCGAGUGGGUCUUCACUGUGGACAUCCUGGUCUUCUACGGCACGUUCACCUACGAGUUUGGCACGGUCACCACGGAGACCAUGAUGGCAGGCCUGCAGCAGAGCCACCACGGCUCGGGGGUCAUCAUGGACCCCAUGUCCCGCGCGUCGACGCUGGGCGGGACGACGAAGAGCCUGAAGUCCCCUGGAGGAAGCAGCACAUCCACACAUCUCAACUGUACCCCAGAGAGCAUAGCUAUGUUGUAGCUCGACGCUCAGAGCAGUCUCUGCAGAGGUGCUUCACGGGCUGCCUCAGGAAGACGAGCAGCAUGUGGUCAAAGAGCAAACCGAUCUUUAACCUUUACACCUAAACCAGGUAUUUCUACUGGUAAUGCUUUCCCCCACUUUAUUCCCACGUUCAGCGCAGGUUGCUAGUUUCUGUAGCGUUGGAGGAAAUGAAAGAUUGAAUGUCUGGAGCCAGCGUGGACACCGGAACCAUGGCUGUUGAUAUCAGCGGUCCUGCAUGAGAAUAGGGCGUCUGAAUCGACAGCUGUCGUCACUGGUGUCAUGAGGAAAACAAAAGAUUCCUAAAUCCCUACAAGUUUUGCCCUCCCUCCCCCGACUCACCCGUUGCUCUGCUUGGCCCACCUGUUUUGGCCUCUUGCUUACCUCUGCACGGCACACCUCCUGAAUGGAUCAACAAGUUUCUGUUGGAUUUUUUGCAUCCAUAAAUAGAAAACAAUGAAUGUUGAGAAGUGACUAGUUCUAGUACGUUUUACAGGCUGUAAGCAUAAACUACAAUUAAUCAUAAACUACUUGAAAGGUACUUUGAAUAAUCAUUAAAUUCAACUCACAUUAUUUUUGUUGCACUCCUAAUUUUAAUGCAAUUAGUAUUUUUAAACGAUCUUUACUAAACACGU